GCGCGCGCAGCGAUCGGUACCGGUUGUGCGCUGACGGCUAUCUCGCCGAGACGAAAAUCGUUAAAAUGACGAGUGUGCUUAAAUGUAACGCGUGUAAUAUCGUUAUUGAUGAACUGUUGUGCUACAUACAGAAUAAACUAUCGGUGAUAGAUGACGACACCUUAGUGCGCCUUUGUAGAACGUCGUUUUCCAGCGAAGAAAUCAAAAAAUCAAAAUGUUUAUUGUUUGAUUCUGUGUCGACCAAUCAACGCAAAAUAUCGCGAAAAAACAGUGGCAAGGAGGUUCGAGACUUGGAGGAUAUCGUGGCAUUACUACGAUCUGUCGAAAUCGAUAAAGUGCCCGUGUUCGUUGCGCGUAAACUCGAGAGCUUACCUCCAAUAACGGUAGAUCAUUUAGAUUGUACAAAACUGUUAAAAGAUCUCGCCAAGAUACAAAAUGAUAUUGCGUUAGUAAAAUCUUCUUAUGCAACAAUAACUCAACUUGAGGAACUACGUUUCGACUUAAAUAACAUGAAAUGUGCGUCAAUACCACUAUCUCCGUUUAGCAAGGUUAAUGCCAGACGGGGAGCGUGGGUGUAUGAUAGUGGCCCAAUUGGGCUAUCGCAUUGUUCCACGAACUCAGAAAAAGAGAACUCUUCCACAUCACAUGUAUCUCCUACUAUACCGCUAAAUAAUGAUAAUAUAAACAAUAGACAGCCAUCUCCGAAGGAACAAUCGCCACUCAAAAAUAUUCAAGUAAAGUGUUCCAAUAACAACGAAAUCGCAAUAUUGAAUCCGUUAUCAUCCGUUGAGGUGAGUCAUCCUCCUCUGACGGAGAUUGCUAAGCCGUGUACGCAAGCGGACAAUGAAUGUGGGAAUACCCGCCGCGCGGUGACAGACAACAGCGAUUACCCGCGCGACCACGACAAUAAUAGCGAAAACGGUGAAUGGAUUACAAAGACCUAUAAGCGUAAUAAACCGAAUUACCGCUAUGCGGGAAAACGAGGCUUAGCCCGCGAUGCGGAGAAUAAUGCUAAGUUUAGGGCGGCCGAGAGGAAAGUACCAAUUUUUAUCUCAAAUGUAAACAAAGAAUGCCUUGAAUCCGAUAUUAUAAACUAUGUCAAGGACAAAACACAGGAAAACAUAAUGCUAGAAAAACUAAAUAUUAGAAAAAACUCCCAUAAUGCAUUCAAGUUUUUCAUAUCGGAAAGCAAAGAGUCACUUUUCCUGGAUGCUAAAAUAUGGCCGCAAGGCAUAGUAUUUAAGAGAUUUGUGCAUUUUAGACAAGGCUCGACGAACAGAAAAUUAUCUGUUGACGGCACACAUAAUAACAUUCGUAAUGGAGAAAACAAAUAACCAACAAUCCUAUAGUGCCAAUGAAUUGGUACAGUUCGUAAGCUUUAAUUGUAAGAACAUAAAGCGGUCAGUGGAGGCUAUACGGCAAUUAUGUCAGUCUUCUGAUGUCAUAGCCUUGCAAGAAACCUGGUUGCGGCCUGACGAUAUACAUUACUUAGCUGAAAUAGACACAAGGUUUGGAUAUACCGGAACCUCAGCGAUGGACACCACAGUUGGCAUGCUUCAUGGAAGACCUUAUGGCGGAGUCGCGCUGUUGUGGAAUAAGAGUGUGUUCUCCAACGUCUCUAUUGCGCAGUGUGAUAAUGCGCGCGUAAGUGCCAUAAAAAUUAACCUCCCUCUAGAAUCGUUACUUGUGUUCAGUGUUUACAUGCCUACGGAUAAAAUGGUGAACUUAGUGGAAUUUACGGAUUGCCUUAGUCUGGUGAGUGCUACUAUUAUUAAUGAGGAUGUCCGUUUGGCAUACAUACUAGGAGACUUUAACGCUCAUCCGGACGAAUUAUUUUAUAACGAAAUGACAAAUUUUUGUUCCGAACAAAAGUGGAAAUGUGCUGACAUAGAUACGUUAGGACUGACAUCAAAUACCUACAGUUUUAUCAGCGAGGCUAACGGGUCUAGGCGUUGGCUAGACCACAUUUUGACAACGGAAUCUGCCACGAAAACAAUUGUAAAUGUUAGCUUUAAAUAUGAUGUACUAUGGUCGGACCAUUAUCCUCUGUGUGUUAAAUGUAACGUUGGUAAUAUUGGAUACGAAUUAUUACACGAAAUAAAGCCUGUGACUAACAAGAUUAUUUGGGGGGAAAGAAAACCCGAACAAGUAGAUUCGUAUAACAAAAUCUGUCAUGAGCGGCUUGGCCAAAUUGAUUUUUCAAAUGACUUUAAAUCUUGCUGUGACCGUUGUUGUGAUGACAACGGCCACAAAAAACUUAUAGAUGCACUAUAUGUUAAUAUAAUAGAGGUUUUGAGUGAUGCCGCCGCUAGUUGUUAUUCUUUAAAACGCGCCCUUAAAAAGAAACCAGUAGUAAUUGGAUGGAACAAAUAUGUCCGUGCGGCGCAUUUGGAGGCUAGGGAUAAAUUUAAGUCUUGGGUUUGGUAUGGAAAACCUAAAGCCGGACGUGUUUAUGAUGACAUGCAAAGUAGUCGGAAUGUUUUUAAACAGCGUUUGAAGUGGUGUCAAAACCAUAGCGAACAAAUAAAAAUGGACAUCUUGGCAAGUCAUCAUGGAAAUCAGGAUUUUCGUCGCUUUUGGAAAUCAACUAAGAGGCUUAAUGGCAAACCUGGCCUUCCGGCAAGUAUUAAUGGCAUUAGCGAUCAUAACAGUAUAGCCAGCAUAUUUAAAUCUCGUUUCACUGUACCGUCACCUUUGGUGGCAAUGCCGUCAAAUGGUGAUGAAUGGCCGCGUGGGCAGGAAAUUAUAGCUCGAUUUAAUGCGAAAGACAUUCAUGCAGUAAUUAAAUCAAUGGCUCGGGGAAAAUCACCUGGACACGACGGCCUUAGCAUAGAGCACCUUAAGUAUGCUGGCUCUCACCUACCUAGAGUACUGGCCUUAUUAUUUAACCUUUGCAUAAGUCAUUCUCACUUGCCGGAUGCUCUCAUGAAAACUGUAGUUGUGCCAAUAGUUAAAAACAAAAAUGGCGAUAUUAGUGAUAGAAACAACUAUAGGCCGAUUUCAUUGGCAACUGUGAUCGCUAAAGUACUUGACAGUCUGCUCAGCACUCAGCUUGACAAAUACCUAAAUCUACAUCACAACCAAUUCGGUUUCAGACCGGGCCUAUCAACCGAAACAGCUAUCUUGUGCCUAAAGCAGACUGUCAGGUAUUAUACGGAUCGAAACACGGCUGUGUAUGCGUGUUUUCUUGACCUCUCUAAAGCGUUCGACCUGGUUAAUUAUGAUAUAUUAUGGCAGAAACUAAAAAAGAUCGAUAUGCCUACUGAACUUUACCACCUUUUUAAGUUCUGGUAUGUUAACCAGGUCAACGUGGUGAGAUGGUCAAACGCAUAUUCGGAUCCAUACAGGUUGGAGUGCGGGGUGAGGCAAGGGGGUGUCUCCUCACCCAAGCUCUUCAACCUGUAUAUAAAUGCAUUAAUAGAGGAGCUCAGCAGCACUCAUGUCGGCUGCCACAUUGAUGACGUAUGUCUCAACAACUUAAGCUACGCUGACGACAUGGUGCUGUUGAGUGCCUCUCCGUGUGGCCUUGGGCAGCUGCUUGGCAUCUGUGAGCAAUUUGCUAGCAGCCAUGGCCUAAUAUAUAAUGUAAAAAAGAGCGAAUGCAUGGUCUUUCAAGUCAGAGGUAAGCACCUGCCACCUGUGCCGCCUAUUCGCUUAUAUGGUACUCCUUUGGAUAGGGUAGAAUCUUUUAAGUAUCUUGGCCAUGUGGUAACCUCUGACUUGAAAGAUGAUGCCGAUAUAGAGCGAGAACGGAGGGCGUUGUCUGUUAGGGCAAAUAUGGUGGCCCGCAGGUUUGCUCGUUGCUCUGCCGAAGUUAAGGUAACUCUAUUUAGAGCCUUUUGCACAAUUUUUUACACGAGCAGCCUGUGGAUCUCGUAUACCCAGAAACGGUACAACGCUCUCCGUGUACAGUACAACAAUGCCUUCAGGAUGAUGAUGGGGCUGCCUCGCUACUGCAGCGCAUCGGGGAUGUUUGCUGAAGCUAGGGUAGACUGUUUCUACACCACAAUGCGGAAGCGGUGCACAUCCCUGUCGCGUAGGGUGCGGGACAGCUCUAACAUCAUCCUGAGGGUAUUUGCGUCAAGGUUUGACUGUCAGUACAUGAAUCAUUGCCAUAUGAUACAUGUACUGACAGGCAAGCCAAUAUACUGUAUGUAGAAAUAGUAUGUUAUGUCAUGUGUUUACUAACCUUAGUUGUAGGAAGACUAAUUAAUGUAAAUGUGUAAUUUAAUAUAGUAUAAUGUAAUUACUAACAAAAUAUAUGGGCCUAUUUGACCUGAAAUAAAUGUAUUGAAUUGAAUUGAAUUGAAUUGAAUACGUCAAUGUCUUGUAUAUGGAGUGUGGAAU